AUGGCCUCGUACCUGAUUACUGGAUCUUCUCGAGGCCUUGGUCUGGCCAUAGUCGGUCAAUUGUGUGCUCGUCCAACAUCGGAAGUGAGCAUGAUAUUCGCCACGUCACGAAAAAACAACUCUCCACAGUUAAGAGAACUCUUGGUGCGAUCGUCAGGGCGACUAUCAUUUGUUCAGCUAGACACGACGAACCAGGAAAGUGUCCAGGAGGCCGUCAAGCAGGUCGAGCAACAGCUCCAAGGAAAGGGGCUGGACGUACUGGUCAACAAUGCUGGAGUGAUGCCGAUCACUCGAGAAGGAAUUGAAAAGAUGGAUGCUCUCACCGAGACUUUCAACACAAACGUGACGGGCACACACAUGGUGACAUCUGCCUUCCUGCCUCUCCUUCGCAAGGGAGAGCGAAAACUCGUGACAAAUAUCUCAUCUACUAUGGGCUCCAUCACCAUGGCCCCCAUAUACAAACCAAUCCCGACACCAGAAUACAAGAUCACCAAGGCAGCGCUCAACAUGUUGACGAAACAGUACGCUCAAAACCUAGCCGACGAGGGAUUCACUUUCCUCUCUGUCUGUCCGGGUUGGCUACAAACCGAUAUGGGAGGCUCUCGUGCGGACCUGCCCGUCGCCACGGGCGCCGAGGCUGUGAUGCGUAUCAUGUCGACCGCUUCGUCAGAGCUGAAUGGACUCUUCAUGAACAUCCAUGUCCCAGGAUGGGAAGAGAAUCCAGGGCCCAACAAGUAUGAUGGCAAAGAAAUUCCGUGGUAG